GUUAGAUUAAUUUACAAUCACCCAUCUCGCCACAUGACUACUUCACUCUCGGCGACGAUUUGCAUGAACCCUAAUUUACUCUUCCAAUUCCCUAUCUAGCAUUCAACAUCUGAAUACUUGGUGGUGGAAGUUCUCAGAUUCUGCUUUUAUUCCCGAGUAUUGAUGAAUUCGAAAAAGAUGGAUACAGGUUCCAAAGAUUUGAUCAACAGUCUCCCGGAUGCUCUUCUUUGCCACAUUUUGUCUUUCCUUUCCACAAAGGAUGCUGCUUUGACUUCACUUCUCUCCAAAAGGUGGCGCUUUUUGUUGGCUUUUGUACCAAAUCUGGAUUUAGAUAGCUCGGUCUUCAAGCAUCGUAAAGUGGCUAAACGAAGAAGGCAAUGGAUACAUAAAAGUUUUAAGGUUUUUGUGAAUAGAUUAAUGGCUUUGCAAGGGAAUGCUAUGUAAAACAGAUUCUCUCUUAAGUGUAAAGUUCGCUGUGAUUCAGCUUGUGUUGAUGGUUGGAUUUUCAAUGUAUUGGAUCGUAGUGUUCUAGAUCUUGAUCUACACAUCUCUUCGGAAAGUGAUUAUUACCUGCCGUCAAAGGUCUUCAUGAACAAGACAUUGGUUAGGCUGAAACUAGGAAGUAAAGAUGAGUUCAUCAUUGAUGUUCAAGAAGUUCUUCUUCCGAAGCUUAAGACUUUGUAUCUUCAUGGUUUCGUUUGUUUUGAAGAGAGUGGUAUUGCGUGUGCCAAGCUAAUUUCUGGUUGUCCUGUGCUUGAGGAGUUAGUUAUGAUUAAUUUGAUGUGGGGACUUUUGGACGUUUGCUCUGUGUCUAACCCAACCCUCAAGAGAGUAACAAUUUGUUGUGAGACAAUUGAUUAUUAUCCACAGAGUGUAUCAUUUGAUACUCCAAAUCUUGUAUACUUAGAAUUUACUGAUGUUGUUGCGAUCAAGUAUCCAAAAGUGAAUUUGGAUUCACUUGUUGAAGCCAGGCUCGGUCUUCGACUGACACCUUAUCAGAUCACUAAGGCAAGAAAUUCAGUAGAUGGUUUGGAAGAAGAAAUGGUGGGGAAUGCAUCAGAUUUUCUUAUGGGAAUUAGCAAUGUUAAGAUCCUUUACUUAUCAUCUCACACUCUUGAGGUACUUAAUUUCUGUUGCAAAGAAGUACCGCUCUUCAAAAACUUGACUCAUUUAACUAUUGAGACUGACGAAGAUGUCGGAUGGGAAUCAUUGCCGAAUCUACUCGAGAAUUGUCCAAAUUUAGAAACCAUCAUCUUCAAAGGACUUCAUUACAGAGAUACAAAUCAAUGUUGGGACGAGAGAUACCGCUUCAAAGACACAAACAAAUGUUUUGAGGAUGCAGACAGGUGUGUGUGCAAACCUUGGGAAGGGACUCCUAUCUGUCUAUCAUCAAGUCCGGUGAAGAAUAUAGAGGUAUUGAAGUUUGGAGAAGUCUAUAGUUACAAAGAUGACAUCGAUAGGCAGACGGAGGUGAUUAAGUACUUCUUGGAGAAAAUGCCGAAUCUCGAACAAGUGAUAUUAUACUUCGAUACUCCAUUUGAUGAUGAUCUGAGUGUAUUAUCAACUGAACUUCAGAUGCUUGAAAAAGUAGCCUCACCCAAAUGCAAGAGUCAAGUAAUCUCUGAUAACAUCAGCUUCUCAUCUACUGUGCACUCUUCCUCAUCAGCAAGUGGGCUCGUCUUCUUUAACAACACCUUUCCGGUUUAAGGAUUAUUCUUCUUUCCAUCUCAGAGAAGAUUAGCAAAGCUUUGGAUGUUAGUUUUAGCUUAAAACAACAAUGACGAUAUGUAGUUUGGUUUCUGUUCUGUUAUUUUGUGUCUUGUGCCCUUUCAUUAGGUUCGUAGAUAAUAUGUUUUUAUCAUAUGCCUCUAAGUUGUAAACUUUAUGGUAUGUAUCACAAGUCCUUUUGAAUCUCUCA